UACAGGUCAGGUAUGAUAAGGGCUUUCAGUCUCCCUCCCUCUCCUCUCCACCCUCACUCAUAGUCAUAGUCAUAGCUGUCUGUCAGAGAUCAAUCGCGAACCGAUUUCCAUUGAAGAUGCAGCUUCAAUUGCUGUUCGCUCUCAUAUUCGCGGAGAUGGCGACGAUCGUGGUGUUCCUGUUCCGAACUCCGCUGAGGAGGCUCGUUAUAAUCGUCCUCGACCGUACUAAACGCGGCCGCGGCCCAAUCGUCGCCAAGACGGUGGCGGCGAUUUUGUUCGCCGUCAUGUCGACCGCCGUCUACAAUGCGGCGGCCGUCCGGCGGCGUUGCCUCCUAGAAGGCGGCGAACUAAAUCCGACGGACCAUAUUCUCCUCGCUCGGAACCUUCUCGAAGCUUCUCUCCUCGGAUUCUCUCUAUUCCUAGCACUGAUGAUCGAUCGGCUGCACCAUUACAUCAGAGAGCUGCGCGUGAGGAGGAAGAAAAUGGAAUCUUUGAAGAAACAAACUCGAGUUUUCCAAGACAUUAAGCCUCCAGCAUCUGAGGAAAUCAUGGUACUGGAGCAAGAGGUGUCUAAUUUGCAGGGAAGAGUAAAGCAGCUGGAGGCACAAAUAGAAGACAAGACUAAAGAAGCUACCGGCGCCGAAGCCGACGCCGAGGCAUUAAAAAUGCGAUCGGAAGAGUUCCUUCUCGAAUAUGGCCGAUUGCUCGAGGAAAACCAGGCCCUCCGAAGCCAACUGCAGUUUCUUGAUCACAGGCAACCUGUGUAA